AUGAACAUUAAAGAGGGUCAAGAGAUGGAGUUAUGUUUGAUGAUAAUAGAAUGUUGUUCUCAAGAAAGAACUUACGAAAAAUUUUUUGGACUUAUUGGUGAAAGACUUUCCAAAAUCAAUGCAAUAUGGGCAAAAACUUUUGAAAAAUGUUUUGUUGAAUGCUAUGAAACAAUCCAUCGUUAUGAGUCAAAUCGACUACGUAACGUUUCAAUGUUUUUUGCACACAUUCUAUCAACUGAUGCAAUUUCCUGGGAAGUCUUCCGAGUAAUAAGACUCACUGAAGAAGACACUACAUCCAGUUCAAGGAUCUUCAUUAAAAUAUUAUUUGAAGAACUAUCCUCUACAUUGGGUAUGGUCAAUUUAAAAAAUCGUUUAAAAAGUGACCCUGUUAUAUUAUCAGAUUGGACUCAAGGACUAUUUCCUAAAGAUAGUCCAAAAAACACUCGAUUUGCAAUCAAUUAUUUUACGUCUAUUAAAUUAGGUGCAUUAACAGAUGAUCUUAGAGAACAUUUGGCAGUAAGUAUAUUAAAAAUAGAUUUGGUUGUUUAA